GAGCAAAAUGAACGCAUUGCGGGUGUAGUAUAAGAUUUCCAUCAGUCUUUUUCGCCAUUUUGUUAGCUUAAAAUCUAUCAUGGCCGGCAGACUUCUAGCCCUUAGCGCUAGGUCCAUCAAAGCCCGCCCAGUUCCAUUGGGAGCUGCUGGCGCUCACAGUAAUCCAGCUCUGGAUGCCACCAGGGCUAUGAUUGGCAACCGAGAGAUUGUUGGUUAUGGCAUGAAUGGCCAACCACAUUAUUAUGACCGUAGUGACAUCCCAUUGCCAGCCAUCAGAUGGAAGGAAGCAACUGCUGACAUCAAGUGCCUUCGUGAAAAGGAAAAGGGCGAUUGGCGUCAACUUUCCAUGGAGGAAAAGAAGGCAUUGUACAGAGCCUCCUUCAAGUUGACCUAUUCUGAAUUCAAAGCCCCAACUGGUGAAUGGAAGCAAAUUGUUGGCGCCUCUCUGAUGUUGGUCUCUGUUGCACUCUGGUUCUAUAUGGCUGUCAGGGUUGUCACCAGAGUACCUUUGCCUGAUAGUUUCUCUGAAGAAAAACAACAGGCCCAAUUGAGGCGUAUCCUCGAUUUGCACGUGAACCCGAUCACCGGUCUCUCAUCCCAAUGGGAUUACGAAAAGGAUGACUGGAAGAAGUAAACGAGUUUAGCAAGCUAUUUAAUAAAGUACUGUUUGUUUGAGGGGUCACGUCUCGGGCGCUGUCGACAGCAACGCGCGAUGCGCGAUCGGGUAAAUAAUAAAUAGUAUAUUUAAUAGUAAAUUUAAAUGCCAAAAUGGAAUAAAUUGCGAAAUAUAACAGAGUAAUUUGUAUUUUGUUUUCUUUUUGUGACCGUUUUGUUGGGGGUUCUGUAAUUUAACAUUCAUGUACAGCAGCGCGAUGUCUUAAAUAAAUG